AUGUCAGUUGAAACUACCAAAGCAACUAACAACGCUAGACGUUUCAUCAAACGUCCAGAUGAUUCAAUUAUGAAAACUGAAGUUUCAAAAUUAAGAAAAGAAAUUGAAAAAUUGGAUUUAAAUAUCAAUGAAUUGAACAAUCAAAUCAAUAAAAUUUCCAUUGAUUCAACUACUAAUUCUAAAAAACAAGAAUUACAAAAAGAAUUAAAAGAAUUAACUGGCAAACAAGCCACCAUCAAGAAUGAAAGAACCACUAUCAUGGAUCAAAUUAAAGCUGUCGAUACUCAAUUAAAGAGAAAAGUUGGAGAAAUUCAACAACAAACUUCUAAAAACAGUUUUAAAUCAACUAAAGAAAUUGAUGGUAAAAUUGAUCAAUUAGAUAGAUUAGUUAGUGGUGGAUCAUUAUCAUUAGCUGAAGAAAGAAAGACUGUCAAAGAAAUGACUGCUUUAAGAAAAUUAAAGAAAGAUUUUGGUUCUAUUGAAAAACAACAAGAACUGAUUGAUCAAGAUAAAGCUAAAAUUGCUGAAUUAAAGAAAAAAUUAAACUCAAUCCAAAACAAAGAAGUUCAAUCACAAUAUGAAAAAAUUCAAAAAGAAUUAGACACCAUUAGAAAUGAAAAUAAAUCAGUUUAUGAUAAAAAAGGUUCAUUAGUUACUAAAAGAAAUGAUUUAAGAAAACAAAAAGAUUCUAAAUACGAUGCUAUUAAGAAAUUAAAAUCAGAAUUCAAUGAAGAAUUCUCAAGCUUCAAACAACAAUUAAAUGAAGAAAAGAAAAAGAGAGAAGAAGAAUACAAAAUUCAACAAGAACAAGAAAAAAUUUUGAAGAAAAAACAAUUAGCUGAAAAACAAUUAGAAGAAGCUUCUAAACCAGCUUUUGAAACUGAAAUUAAUUCAAUCCAUAACUUAUUAAGUUACUUUGAUCCUUCAUAUGUUAAACCUCAACCAAAGAAAUUCGGUAAUGAAUCUUUCAUUACCAACACUUCAUCUGCUAGAACCAUUGAAAUGCCAGAUGAUGUUGUUAUCUUGAAAAAAGAAGAAAAAUCUUACCUCGAAGGUACUGCCAAAAAAUCAAAGAAUUCUUCAAGAAAAUCAAAAUCAAGAUUCGUUGUUGCUCCAGAUAUUAUUACUGCUUUAGGUGAUUUAUCAAUUCCUUUACCAACCAAACAAGAAGAUGUUGAAGGUACUGUCAAAUCUUUAAAAGAAACUUUAUCUGCUUUAGAAUCAAAACAAGAUGAACAAACUAAAGCUAACAUUGAAAAAGCUAAAGCUAAAAUCGCUGCUUUAGAUUCUGAAGAAGCCACUGAAGAUAAAGAAAAUUAA